GCUCAGAUUAUCCAGGUUGUGGCAAAUGAAAAGAUUGAAGACAUCAAUGGCUGUCCGAAGAACAGAUCGCAAAUGAUUGAAAACAUAGACGCCUGUUUGAAUUUCCUGGCAGCUAAGGGGAUAAACAUCCAGGGCCUGUCUGCAGAAGAAAUCAGGAAUGGAAACCUCAAGGCCAUUCUAGGCCUCUUCUUCAGCCUCUCCCGAUACAAGCAACAGCAGCAGCAACCCCAGAAGCAGCUCCUCUCCUCACCUCUAUCAUCUGCCGUGUCCCAGGCAGCCGGGGCCCCUUCCCAGUGCCAGGCUGGCCCUCCUCAGCAACAGGUGCCAGCCACUCCCCAAGCCCUGUGCCAGCCGCACCAGCCAGCGCCACAUCAGCAGACAAAAGCACAAGCUGAAAUGCAGUCCAGGCUUCCAGGUCCUACCGCAAGGGUAUCUGCUGCAGGCAGCGAGGCCAAAACACGCGGAGGAUCAGCCGCUGCUAACAACCGACGAAGCCAGAGCUUUAACAACUAUGACAAGUCUAAACCAGUCACCUCCCCACCUCCGCCCCCACCACCAAGCAACCAUGAGAAAGAGCCAUUGGCAAGCUCAGCCUCCUCCCACUCCGGAAUGAGCGACAAUGCACCUGCUUCCUCUGAGAGCGGCGGCUCCACCCCUGCUAACUGCAGCGCCUCUUCGGCCAUCCCGCAGCCUGGCGCGGCCUCCAAGCCCUGGCGCAGCAAGUCCCUGAGCGUGAAGCACAGUGCCACCACAUCCAUGCUGGCGGUCAAGCCGCCGGGGCCCGAGGCCCCCAGGCCCUCCCUCGAAGCCCUGAAGCCCGCCCCCAACAAUCAGAAGUCCAUGCUGGAGAACCUCAAACUCUUCAACAGUAAAGGAGGCUCCAAGGCUGGCGAGGGCCCGGGGUCCCGGGACGCAAGCUGCGAGCGCCUGGAGGUCCUGCCCCGCUUCGAAGAGAGCGAAGAGCUGGAGGCCGCCAGCCGCGCUCUGUCCACGGGCGGCCCUGCUUCCAACAGCCCCAAGAUCGCUCUCAAGGGCAUCGCCCAGAGGACGUUCAGCCGGGCGCUGACCAACAAGAAGGGCUCCCCCAAAGGCAGCGAGAAGGAGAAGCAGCAGCGGGAGAAGGAGAAGGAGAAAGGCAAGGACCUCAGCAAGAGAGCCUCUGUGACCGAGAGGCCGGACCCCAAGGAGGAGCCGAAAGAAGACCCCAGCGGCGCAGCCCUGACCGAGAUGCCAAAAAAGUCCUCCAAGAUCGCCAGCUUCAUCCCCAAGGGCGGUAAGCUCAGCAGUGGCAAGAAGGAGGUGGCGGCGCCUUCCCACAGCGGAAUACCAAAACCAGGGAUGAAGAGCAUGCCCGGGAAAUGCCCGGGCGCCCCAGCCGCUUCCAAGGAGGGGGAGCGCAGCCGGGGUGCCAAGCCGAGCUCGGGGAUCGCCCCGCAGAAGCCCCAGCUGGACGGCAGACACUCCAGCUCCUCCUCCAGCCUGGCGUCCUCGGAAGGAAAGGGCCUGGGCGGCGCCACCCUGAACCACAGCAUCAGCAGCCAGACCGUCAGCGGCUCGGUCGGGACCACGCAGACCACGGGAAGCAACACCGUCAGUGUCCAGCUACCUCAGCCCCAGCAGCAAUACACCCACCCCAACACUGCCACGGUCGCGCCUUUCCUGUACAGGUCCCAGACGGAUACCGAAGGCAAUGUGACUGCCGAGUCCAGCUCAGCGGGGGUGAGCAUGGAGCCCAGCCACUACACCAAGAGUGGACAGCCCGCCCUGGAGGAACUCACUGGGGAAGACCCUGAGGCUCGGCGACUGCGCACGGUGAAGAACAUCGCUGAUCUGCGGCAGAAUUUGGAGGAGACCAUGUCCAGUUUACGGGGAACUCAGGUUACACACAGCACGUUGGAAACCACGUUUGACACCAACGUGACCACGGAGAUCAGCGGCCGUAGCAUCCUCAGCUUGACGGGGAGGCCCACCCCGCUGUCCUGGAGACUCGGCCAGUCCAGCCCUCGUCUCCAAGCAGGAGACGCCCCUUCGAUGGGCAACGGGUACCCGCCUCGAGCCAACGCCAGCCGGUUCGUCAACACCGAGCCAGGCCGCUAUGUGUACUCUGCCCCGCUGAGGAGGCAGCUGGCCUCCAGGGGCAGCAGCGGCUGCCAUGUGGACGUCUCAGACAAGGCCGGGGACGAGAUGGACCUGGAAGGCAUCAGCAUGGACGCCCCCGGCUACAUGAGCGACGGGGACGUCCUGAGCAAGAACAUCCGGGCUGACGACGUGACCAGCGGGUAUAUGACUGAUGGUGGACUUGGCCUCUACACCCGUCGCCUGAACCGGCUCCCCGAUGGGAUGGCUGUGGUGCGGGAGACCCUGCAACGAAAUACCUCCCUGGGUCUCGGAGAUGCUGACAGCUGGGACGACAGCAGCUCCGUCAGCAGUGGCAUCAGCGACACCAUAGACAACCUCAGCACCGAUGACAUUAACACCAGCUCCUCCAUCAGCUCCUAUGCCAACACCCCUGCCUCCUCCCGCAGAAACCUGGAUGUCCAGACCGACGCUGAGAAACACUCACAGGUGGAGAGGAAUUCCCUGUGGUCUGGUGAUGACGUCAAGAAGUCAGACGGAGGGUCAGACAGCGGCAUAAAGAUGGAGCCCGGCUCCAAGUGGAGGCGGAACCCUUCGGAUGUGUCUGAUGAGUCCGACAAAAGCACGUCGGGCAAGAAGAAUACGGUCAUCUCCCAGACGGGCUCGUGGCGGCGAGGCAUGACGGCUCAAGUCGGCAUCACCAUGCCGAGGACGAAGCAGUCAGCCCCAGCAGGCAGUCUGAAGACCCCAGGAACUGGGAAAACAGACGAUGCGAAGGUGUCCGAGAAGGGUAGGCUUUCUCCCAAAGCCUCCCAGGUGAAGCGCUCCCCAUCGGAUGCUGGCCGCAGCAGUGGUGACGAAUCCAAAAAGCCCCUCCCCAGCAGCUCCAGGACGCCCACUGCCAACGCCAACAGCUUUGGGUUCAAGAAGCAGAGUGGCUCUGCUGCCGGCCUGGCCAUGAUCACAGCCAGUGGGGCCACUGUCACCAGCAGAUCAGCCACGCUGGGCAAAAUCCCAAAGUCCUCCGCGCUUGUCGGUCGGGCAACUGGUCGGAAGACGAGCAUGGACGGGGCUCAGAAUCAGGACGAUGCGUACCUGUCUCUCAGCUCCCGGACCAACUUGCAGUACCGCAGUUUGCCCAGGCCCAGUAAGUCCAAUGGCCGGAACGGGGCUGGGAACAGAUCCAGUACCAGCAGCAUCGACUCCAACAUCAGCAGCAAGUCAGCGGGCCUGCCGGUGCCCAAGCUGAGGGAGCCUUCCAAAACAGCCCUGGGCAGCUCGCUGCCAGGCCUGGUCAACCAGACGGACAAGGAGAAAGGCAUCUCAUCGGAUAAUGAGAGUGUGGCCUCCUGUAACUCAGUGAAAGUGAAUCCUGCAGCCCAGUCCGUGUCUAGCCCGGCUCAGGCAACUCUCCAGCCUGGAGCCAAGUACCCAGACGUGGCCUCUCCCACACUCCGCAGACUCUUUGGUGGGAAGCCUACCAAGCAAGUGCCCAUCGCCACAGCCGAAAACAUGAAAAAUUCGGUGGUCAUCUCCAACCCUCAUGCCACCAUGACCCAGCCAGGUAACUUAGACUCCCCCUCGGGCAGUGGCGUCCUGAGCAGCGGGAGCAGCAGCCCUCUCUACAGUAAGAAUGUGGACCUCAACCAAUCUCCUGUAGAUUCCAGCCCCAGCUCAGCCCACUCGGGCCCCUCCAACAGCCUCACCUGGGGCACCAACGCCAGCAGCUCCUCGGCUGUCAGCAAGGACGGCCGGGGCUUCCAGUCUGUGAGCAGCCUCCACACCAGCUGCGAGUCCAUCGACAUCUCGCUCAGCAGUGGGGGCGGCCUGAGCCACAACUCCUCCACUGGCCUGCUCACCUCGUCUAAGGACGACUCCCUGACUCCCUUUGUCAGAACCAACAGUGUGAAGACCACACUGUCAGAAAGUGACCCGCACCUUGAUAGGAACACUUUGCCUAAGAAAGGACUCAGGUAUACUCCCACCUCCCAGCUUCGCACGCAAGACGACGCCAAGGAAUGGUUACGCUCCCACUCUGCAGGAGGCCUGCAGGACACCAUGGCCAAUUCUCCCUUCUCCUCUGGCUCUAGCGUGACUUCUCCCUCUGGAACAAGAUUCAACUUUUCCCAGCUUGCGAGCCCCACCACUGUCACUCAGAUGAGCCUGUCCAACCCCACCAUGCUGCGGACCCACAGCCUCUCCAACGCCGAAGGGCAAUACGACCCCUACACCGACAGCCGCCUCCGGAACAGCUCCAUGUCCCUGGACGAGAAGAGCAGGACCAUGAGCCGCUCAGGCUCAUUCCGGGAUGGCUUUGAAGAAGUGCAUGGAUCCUCCCUGUCCUUGGUUUCUAGUACGUCAUCAGUUUAUUCCACGCCAGAAGAAAAAUGCCAGUCUGAGAUUCGCAAACUGCGGCGGGAACUGGACGCCUCCCAGGAGAAGGUUUCGGCUCUGACCACCCAGCUGACGGCGAACGCUCACCUCGUGGCUGCCUUUGAACAGAGUCUCGGGAACAUGACAAUCAGGCUCCAGAGUCUGACCAUGACGGCUGAGCAGAAGGAUUCAGAGCUGAAUGAGUUAAGAAAAACUAUUGAGCUGCUGAAGAAGCAGAAUGCAGCUGCUCAGGCUGCCAUUAACGGAGUAAUUAACACACCAGAGCUUAACUGCAAAGGGAACGGCCCCACCCAGUCGGCAGACCUCCGCAUCCGCAGACAGCACUCCUCCGACAGCGUGUCCAGCAUCAACAGCGCCACCAGCCACUCCAGCGUGGGCAGCAACAUCGAGAGCGACUCCAAGAAAAAGAAGAGGAAGAACUGGUUACGCAGCUCCUUCAAGCAAGCUUUUGGGAAGAAGAAGUCUCCCAAGUCAGCAUCCUCUCAUUCGGACAUUGAGGAGAUGACGGAUUCUUCUUUGCCUUCCUCGCCAAAGUUACCACACAAUGGGUCCACGGGUUCAACUCCGUUGCUGAGGAAUUCUCACUCCAACUCUCUAAUUUCGGAGUGCAUGGACAGCGAGGCCGAGACGGUCAUGCAGCUCCGAAAUGAGCUGAGGGACAAGGAGAUGAAGUUGACGGACAUCCGCCUGGAGGCGCUCAGCUCUGCCCACCAGCUCGACCAGCUCCGCGAGGCCAUGAACAGAAUGCAGAGUGAAAUUGAGAAGCUGAAAGCUGAGAAUGACCGGCUGAAGUCAGAGUCCCAAGGCAGCGGCUGCAGCCGGGCCCCCUCCCAAGUGUCCAUCUCUGCCUCUCCGAGGCAGUCCAUGGGCCUCUCUCAGCACAGCCUGAACCUCACUGAGUCAACCAGCCUGGACAUGUUGCUGGAUGACACUGGUGAAUGCUCGGCUCGGAAGGAAGGAGGCAGGCAUGUUAAGAUAGUUGUCAGCUUUCAGGAGGAAAUGAAGUGGAAGGAGGAUUCCAGACCGCACCUCUUUCUUAUUGGCUGCAUUGGAGUCAGUGGCAAGACGAAGUGGGAUGUGCUCGAUGGGGUGGUUAGGCGGCUGUUCAAAGAAUACAUCAUUCAUGUCGACCCAGUGAGCCAGCUAGGGCUGAAUUCAGACAGUGUCCUGGGCUACAGCAUCGGGGAGAUCAGACGCAGCAACACCUCCGACACCCCCGAGCUCCUGCCCUGCGGCUAUCUGGUUGGCGAGAACACCACCAUCUCUGUGACUGUCAAAGGGCUCGCAGAAAACAGCCUGGACUCGCUGGUGUUCGAGUCCUUGAUCCCCAAGCCCAUCUUGCAGCGCUACGUCUCCCUGCUCACGGAGCACCGGCGGAUCAUCCUCUCCGGCCCCAGCGGCACCGGGAAGACCUACCUGGCCAACCGGCUGUCAGAGUACGUGGUGCUUCGAGAGGGCCGGGAGCUGACAGACGGGGUCAUCGCCACCUUCAACGUGGACCACAAGUCCAGCAAGGAGUUGCGCCAGUACCUGUCCAACCUGGCUGACCAGUGCAACAGUGAGAACAACGCCGUGGACAUGCCCCUGGUCAUCAUCCUGGACAACCUGCACCACGUCAGCUCUCUGGGCGAGAUCUUCAAUGGGCUGCUCAACUGCAAGUACCAUAAAUGCCCGUACAUAAUUGGCACAAUGAACCAGGCUACCUCUUCCUCCCCCAACCUGCAGCUCCACCACAACUUCAGGUGGGUGCUCUGUGCCAACCACACGGAGCCUGUGAAGGGCUUCCUCGGCCGGUUCCUGAGGAGGAAGCUCAUGGAGACGGAGAUCAGUGGGCGGGUGCGGAACGUGGAGCUGGUGAAGAUCAUCGACUGGAUUCCCAAGGUCUGGCAUCACCUCAACCGCUUCCUGGAGGCCCACAGCUCCUCGGACGUCACCAUCGGCCCCCGGCUCUUCCUGUCGUGCCCCAUCGACGUGGAUGGCUCGAGAGUAUGGUUCACCGACUUGUGGAACUACUCCAUCAUCCCCUAUCUCCUGGAAGCCGUCAGAGAAGGACUCCAGCUGUAUGGAAGGCGUGCCCCCUGGGAGGACCCUGCCAAGUGGGUGAUGGACACCUACCCAUGGGCAGCCAGCCCACAGCAGCACGAGUGGCCUCCCCUAUUGCAGCUGCGGCCUGAGGACGUCGGCUUCGACGGCUACUCCAUGCCUCGGGAGGGGGCAGCGAGCAAGCAGGUGCCCCCCAGUGAUGCUGAAGGAGAUCCGCUGAUGAACAUGCUGAUGAGGCUGCAGGAGGCGGCCAACUACUCCAGCCCGCAGAGCUACGACAGCCUCUCCAACAGCAACAGCCACCACGACGACAUCCUGGACUCGUCCUUGGAGUCCACUCUGUGACGAGGCCUGGCCGGGCAGCCUGCCCACCCUCUCUGCCCCCUCCCGCCUGCACCCUCAGCAUCCUCUCAAAGACGAUUUCCUGAGCCAGCCCCUGGCCGCAGCCCUCAGAGCGGCAGGUGUACCCAGAGCCCUCCUCCGGCCGCGACCCGGUGCCGGCCUCCAGGGUCAGCCCCUGGUAAGAACCGCACACCUUCUGCGUGACUCGACUUCUUGUUUUGCCUUGUUGCUGUGACCUCCCUAAGACACUGAAGAUGCUUCUCGGGAAAGGAUUAUCACCGUUGAAAUGGAAAGAGAAAGAAAGAAACUCAUCCGAAGCUCUGAAACCAAACAGCAUCCUGCCAUGAGCUGCCCAGAGAUGAGAGACGGGAGACGGGAGCCAUGUCGGACACAUAGACGGCGCGGCUCCCCCAGCCCACAGCCCCCGGGCUGGGCCUCGCUGCCCACCACCCUGCCGCCCAGCCACGGAGAGAUCUGGUGCUGAUGGGGCCUCCCUCUGGUCCCGCUCCACGCUGCAGAGCUACGACAAGGAAAGCCUUAGAAGAAAAUAUAUCCUGCCCUUGGGGUUUGCGUUUCUGUCAUGGUGCUCUCCUCCCCCGAGAGGUGCUUUGCCUGUUCGAGUUCAACUACCCCUUCAGGUCCGUCCUCAGCCUCCGGCCCGCCACGAGAGGGUGUGAGGGAGGGAGCGAGUGGCUCUGCGUGCAGGACCGCACGUGUCUGUCCUUCCUGUGUGUAGACGAAUCAGGUUUCUUCCUGCAAACACUGUGUCGAGUGAGAACCGAUAACCCCGGUUGCUUUUCUCCCUUUCGGACUCGCGUUGAUCUCGAACGCGCGUCUCCCUCCCCGCUGGGUCAGAAUCAGUCCUUUGGUGAAAGGAAGAGCCGUAGGAGUUGCGUUUUGGUUUGGUCUUGCUCAGUUUUGGUUUUCAGUUGCCCGUCCUCACGGUUUGAUGCCCUCAACCUCCCACCGCGAGGGUUGCAGGUAUUUAUGUCCCCCAGGAUGGGUGGGGGACCCGGUCCUCACCUUGCCUCUUUGUCCUCGAGGCUUCAGAAAACACGUCGACACCUCAAGGUCCCAGCCCCAACUUCAGGGGGGUGGGGGCGGUGGGGUCCCCUCGUAGCAGACUUGCACUAGCUUCAGAGCCAACACGAUGCAGCCCAGCAAGGGUGGGCGGCCGCUCCCUCCCCGCAGCCUGACCCGGCCCCAGCCUCCGUCCGGACGAGCCCCGCCUGACCUCUUCGGUGCUGACCUUCCCAAAGUGAUGCCUUACUGCUUUCAGACCGACCGCGUGCAGUUACCCGACUGUCGUGCCUGCCUGGAGUGUUCGUGCGUUCGUUUCCCCAUCGAAGCAAACAGGGCUAACAAGUCAUCUGCUCAUUAGAACUCAAGUCGCUGUGACUUUUCUCAUCCGAAAGACUCAUUCGUAUGGAUGUGUGACUGUGCAAAAAGAGAAAAAAAAAAAAGAAAAAAAAAGGAUCCACUUUUUAAGUUCUUACCAGUCUCCAGCUGACAACCUGACUGGACAGUGAUCUGUCUCACGCAGGAAAAGGCAAAAUUUCCUACAAAGCUACAUGACAGUGUGAACACGUGCCCUCCCAGAAACCCAGUCUGCCGAGUCUCUGCCUUGCUGGGGUUUUCUGUACAGAGCGUGGUAAAUCUCGGAGUUGUUUUUGUUUUAUAAAGAGAAUCUUUAUCGGACCCCACUGAGGGUGUCUCUGUUAAUAAUCAGGGUUUUUAUUCCACCUUUUGCAUUUCUGUUUCUGAAGGUUCAUCUCUGCAUGUGUUUCUCAUUUUCUCAUCGGUAGAGCGUGACCGGAUGGCUCACUUCACAUUAUUCGAUACCAUUUUCUUCCCUUUGAAAGGAAAACGGGACUGUGUCCCACUAACUAGUGACACGGUCCUCCUUGAAUCUCAUUAGUCUCAGAGUCUUCUGCUUAGCCUUGACUGGCCCUCUGGGUGCGAGUGCAUCUUGUUCCAUUUAUGUUUUUAGCAAACUUUGAAACCAUGUAGUUAGUCUGUGACCAGGGGCCGAACCCUGAGCCUUCUGGUAAACCCGAAGGGUGGCCCUCCUCAGACCUGUACCUCCAGCAAUGACCUUACACUCUCGUACUGUGAAUUUGGAGGAGGCGAAACGGUCUUCUCCUCGCGGGCAGUUUUCCCAGUCACCUGUGAGUAGACACCAGCCAACUUGGUUUGAUAAUAGAUUUUUUUUCCCUUUUGUCCAACACCCUCUCUUCGCUUCCUGUCUCCCCUCUCCUGCAGCCGUCCCUCCCGCUGGGUCCAGGCUGACAAGGAGACCUCUGUGCCUAGAGCUGCCUGAUGGGCAGACGGGAUUUCGAGGCGAGGAGCCCUGUGUGAGUCACACUCAGUCCUUCCUCGUGCUUCGGGAAGCAGGGUUGUCUAACGCGUCCAUCUUUUGUUUCGGUCAUACUUUUCCAUUAGUGUCACUCACCUUUGACAAAGUGACUUUGGACUCAUUUAGGGCUCUGUCUGAAAUGCUUCCAUUUUGCCUUUUUCUACAGUUAGGCUAAUUUUGAAAUGUAUAAAAUUCUAUGCAACAUUUCUGUUGAGUUACCAAUGGAAGCCAAAUGUUUCCUUCCCAAACUGCCAAGAGUUAUGCAGGCCAUAAAUGAGAUGGGAAUACCUUUUAAUUUAAGGGGUGGGGUGGGGUGGGGGUGGAACCAGGAACAACAUUUGCCUAGACCUUUAUGGUAUCUUGGGGACAUUUUUUUAUUUUGUUGUUGGAUGCUUCAACUUCAAAUUUCUGUGUAUUCGAAUUUGUGGCGAAUCUACUUCAAAAGAAAACAAAUCCAACGUUGCAGAUAUUCAGUGGAAGGUUUGCUGUUUUGAUCUAGCUGUUGCCAACGGAGCGGUUUAUGAAAUAUGUUCUAUAAGAUGUACAUUUUUUUUCAUUGUAACAUAGAAAUUGUAAAUAACGGAUUAAAGUGCUGCAUUUUGAUGAAUUUUUUCUAGCCAUUUUUAAAGAGAAAACUAGGAACUGAGUAUUUUGUGUACUGUAUGUUUCCACGCCCAUCCCCUGCCCGCCCUCCCUAUUUAAUUUUCACCCGUCAUGAGGUUUUCGGAUUUGCCAAUGAUCUGCUGAAGAUCACGCCCCACGUCAUGGAGAAUAAAGCUGAUGAUUGUACCAGUCUUAAAUUAUUCAUGAUUCAAUAAAACUGAUGCUUAUUUA